AGGGUUCUUCCGGGGCCAGGCUUCGGCUCUGUGCCUCUGCUGAGGAAGUCGAAUGUCGUCCUCGCUGCACUGGUUGGUUCUGCUGUGAAGAGACCGUGGACUCACUUGGCAGCCGCGCCAUGAAUGCAGUAACCUAUGAUGACGUAAACAUCCACUUCUCUUGCGAAGAAUGGGCUUUGCUGCAACCUUCCCAGAAAAUUCUCUACAAAGAUGUGAUGUUGGAGACCUACAGUAACCUUACUGCUCUAGGCUACAAAUGGGAAGACCAUAAUAUUGAAGAACAUUGUCAAAGAUUUAGAAGACACGGAAGGUAUCUUCAUGCACACAAAAGAACCCAAAAUGAAGAGGAGCACUAUGAAUGUAAACAACCUGGUAAAGUCUUAAGGCAUAAAAGAAGUCAUACUGAAGAGAAGCCCUAUGCAUGUAGUCAAUGUGGUAAAACCUUUUCACAACGGAGUUACCUCCACAUUCAUAAAAGAGUCCAUACUGGAGAAAAGCCCUAUGAAUGUAAUCAAUGUGGAAAAGCAUUUUCACAGCAGAGUCAUCUCCACACUCAUAAAAGAACCCAUACUGGAGAGAAACCCUGUGAAUGUAAACAAUGUGGUAAAACAUUUGCAGAUUACAGUCAUCUUAAAAGACAUGAAAGAAUUCAUACAGGAGUGAAACCCUAUGAGUGUAAUCAGUGUGGUAAAGCCUUUUCAAAACAUGGUAGUCUCCAAAUACAUAGAAGAACUCACACUGGAGAGAAACCAUAUCAAUGUAAUCAAUGUGGGAAAGCUUUUGCAGAUUAUAGUUAUCUUAAAAUACAUGAAAGAAUCCAUACUGGAGAGAAACCCUAUGAAUGUAAGCAAUGUGGGAAAGCCUUUUCACAACCUGCUCAUCUCCAGAUUCAUAAGAGAACUCAUACUGGAGAAAAACCCUAUGAAUGUAAACAAUGUGGGAAAGCAUUUGCAAUUUGUAGUUCUCUUAAAAUGCAUGAAAGAACUCAUACUGGAGAAAAGCCCUAUGAAUGUAACCAAUGUGGGAAAGCAUUUUCAUACCUCUGUAGUCUCCAAACACAUAACAGAACUCAUACCGGAGAGAAACCCUAUGAAUGUAAUGAAUGUGGAAAAGCCUUUGCAAAACAUAGUGCUCUCCAAACACAUAAAAGAACUCAUACUGGAGAGAAACCUUAUGAAUGUAAGCAAUGUGGGAAAACCUUUUCACAGCCUGCUCAUCUCCAGAUUCAUAAAAACACUCAUACUAGGGGAAGACAUCCACGUCCCAUCUGAUGCCACUUUGUUCAGAUGGGCACAAGCCACCCAUAAGCCAACCUGGGUCCUCGAGACUUGGGGUGGCAGAAAGACAUACAAGGCUCAUUUGACCGCUUUCUGCUCAAGCAGACACAAGCCAGCCUGGUUCCUCUAAUUGUGCCAUGGCAGGAAGAUAUGUCCGGGCCCAUGUGAUACCACUUGACUCGGGUGGGCACAAACCACCAGCAUGCCAACUUGGGUCCUUAAUACCUUGACUGGACAGAAGACAUCCAGGGCCCAUCUCAUGCUACUAAAUGCAAGUGGCAUCAAGCAACCCACAGACCAUUCUGUGUCCUCAUGACCUGGGGUGGCAGUGGUGUAGAAGGGUCUCUGUCUAUGUGUUAUUUUCAUUGGUUAAAUAAAGAGACUACCUUGGCUUUUUGAUAGGGCAGAAUUUAGAUAGGUGAAGUAGACCAAACAGAAUGAAGA